AUGGCUGAUCAGAACGCUCCUAGGCCAAGCAGCAGCGUGAAGCUGGUGCUGCUCGGAGAGGCUGCCGUCGGCAAGUCCUCGCUCGUCCUUCGCUUUGUCAACAACGACUUCCAGGAGAACAAGGAGCCAACGAUAGGAGCCGCCUUCCUGACGCAGAAAUGCAACCUACCCACGCGGACCAUCAAGUUCGAGAUCUGGGAUACGGCAGGCCAGGAACGGUUCGCCUCUCUGGCUCCGAUGUACUACCGUAACGCGCAGGCCGCCCUGGUGGUCUACGACCUGACAAAGCCGAGCUCGCUGAUCAAGGCGAAGCACUGGGUCGCCGAGCUGCAGCGCCAGGCCUCGCCUGGCAUCGUGAUCGCCCUUGUUGGCAACAAGCUCGACCUGACGAACGACGGCGGGGCUGGCGGCGCGGGCGUCGGCGACCAGGCGGGGGAGGACGAUGCCGCUGCUGCGGGAGGCGAGGAAGAGUCGGGCGAUGCCCGAAAGAUCUCGACCGAGGAGGCCAAAGCGUAUGCCGAGGAGGAGGGCCUACUAUUCUUCGAGACCAGUGCUAAAACGGGCUAUAAUGUGAAUGAAGUGUUUACAGCCAUUGCACUGGCUAUUCCAGAGACGUCGCUUAAGACGACUCGUGGGCCAGGGUCUCAUGCGGCUACCCGGACAGAGGAGCAGAGAGUCAACCUUAACACGGCGAGAGAAAGUGGUCAGGAGAAUGCCUGUGCUUGCUGA